AUGGCUCCAGAUCCGCUCAGACAGCUUCCCGCGGAGCUUCAGGUCAUGGUACUCAUCCAGCUAGACCCCAAGACCUUGUUCAUCAGCCGUCGAGUGUCUCAACAUUGGAUGAAGCGCAUCAAUGCAUACGAAGAGGUUUGGCGCGCAUUGGCUCUUCAGUGGCGGCUUAUACCGCGUUGGACUUCCCCGCUCCCAGGUUCGCAGAGAGCAGGAGGCGGAUCUGUCUCUUCUUACCCUAACGAACGUGCAUGCGAAGCAGUGCUCAGCGUCACUGGGUAUUUCAACAACAUUACAUCUUUCAGGGACUUGUGUGAUCGCUAUCUACGUCUAACACUAGCCUGGAAGUCUGCUACUGGUCCAUCGAUCACCGAGAAUGGAUCAGACCACCCGCUUGUUAUUCGGUCGCAAUUUGGCCACCUUAGCAGAUGCAAGUCUUCGGAAGAGGCGGAAGAGACAUUUUUUUUGCAGUCGACUGAAGGAUUCUUUGUCCUGGCAGCAGAUUGCAGAACUCUGCAAAUGUUCCAACACCGAUUCAAAAAGGACUUUGCGGCUCAGGAUGACCUGCUGCUUUACAGCACAUUGAAGCUGCGUACUGAAGACGCGCAGGCUCACAAAUGGUUUGCCGAAGUGGUCAUGGAUGCAGGCUUUGCAGUAGUCAGCUCGGAGAAGCAUGGCGUCUUCUUGUUCAAUCUCACGACGACUACGUGUCAUUUUGAAGGCGCGUUGCCACUGCCGACAAGAUUCCGAGCAACAUCUUACAUGGGGACGCAUCUGCAUCUGCGCUAUCCAUCUUGUCUGGUCUUUACAUGGUCAGAGGAGGCAGAUACCAGCGUCCACCACAUCCACCUCUUUGAUGUGCCGACGAAAACUCUGUGCUUCUCUAUCAAAGUUCUCGGUUGGUGCUGUGAUAUGGCGGUGAACGACGAGCGCACUAUGAUUGCAGCUGUGCACGAGCCUUCCGGCUUGGCUGUGUAUUCCACUGCGGAUGGCAGCGUUCUACUCAACAUGAUGCCAAACCUCAACUGGUCCCGUCGGACUGGCACGCGAGCUCGCAUGCGUGGGCGCGGAACGACUUUUGGACCUUCAAAUGUCCAUAUAGCUUUCUCGACGAAUAGGCCUCGGUCAUGCUCCGUGGACACCAGCGCAACAGAAGCCGCAAAUUGGCGUACAGUGGAGUCGAUAUGCUCCAGAACAGGCGAAUAUGAUGGCAUGUGAGCGUGCAGAACUGCAAAGAAGCUUAGUCAUUGGACCGUCCGUCAUGCUGAAUCUGUGCGUUCAUCUCAGAUCCGCCGCCGACUUUAUUACCGCAUACGUGGUAAGUCAAUCUGAUCAGAGCAGUCACCAAUUACAAAACUUUUGUGUAACUUGACUUACCUAACGCCCUUUGACUUCAAAAGUAUUCGGAGUAUCUUACCGGUGCGCGAAAGGUCUACAUAGACGCCCACACCGACACCCUAAUCUUGCUAUGCCUUGGGCAUGCAAUUCUCGUUCGUCCUUGCUCCGCAAUUGCAAGACGAGAACUACAUCGCGACUUGCAGCUUGGUGUUCUGCCUCUCUCGAUGCACAUUCGGCAAAGAAAGAAAAGUAAGAAAAAUAAGCCGCGUGAACACGUGGCAGACGACGAAUUCUUUGCGGCCACACCUCACAUACAUCCACGAGCCGAUCUUCCCUACGCCGCUUCAGAUCGCCGCCUUUGUGUGGCUUUCAGCCAUUCAAAACUCCAUCAAAUUUUCAUCAUCGAUCUCGACCUGCACCGCUUGUCCGAGAGCACUCGACAGCACCCGUUUGGCAACGUCGGUUCUCGCUUGCUGAUGCAGACUGCGGCGUCUGAAGUGAGCGACAUCCAAUUGGAUGCCUGUGGAGCUUUUCUACUCAGUUCCAGGGGCAUGCUGGGUUAUGAUCUUCGCAGUCUAUUGGAUGCGGAAGCAAGCCAAGGAACGAAUCUCGAUGACGACGGCGCUCAACGUAUACAAGGCGGUGCUGAUGACGCGAGCAAGGACGACGUCUUUGGCUCGUCACUCUGGACGGAUAGUGAGGCUGAAGGAGAACCUAGGACUCGUACGCGAAGGAUUGCGUGA